CGGUGACGUUAACUUAAAGUUGACAUGGAAUGCGCCUGAAAGGCACGGGCGUGCUUGAGUUUAGAUAAACGUCUCAUUCCAUUUGGACAUAAAAUUUAUCCUCAUGGUUUUUUUUGGAUGUCGGACUUCAUUGUUGAAAUACACUAUUAUUGGAUCGUCCAUACAGUGUAACCAGCACCUUCGCGUGUUUGUUCCAGAGAACAAUGGCAUGAACAGGGCUGAAAGUCAUCCCUCAAAUUCCCAGCGAUCUGUCAGCCUGCUCUGAUGAAGGAACAGCAGGAUGGAGACCUCUUCCAAGAGGACUCCUCUCAUGGGGACAUUCAGACAAACCAGUACAGCUCUAUCUCACCUCCCUCUUCACCAGUGGGCUCAGAGGAGCCCUUGUCCACAUACUUUGAAGAGAAAGUGCACAUUCCUGAAAAUGUCAACCAGGCGUUCAGUUUUCGGAAACUUUGGGCUUUCACUGGGCCUGGGUUCUUGAUGAGCAUCGCUUACUUGGAUCCAGGAAACAUUGAGUCUGACCUGCAGUCUGGAGCUAAAGCUGGAUUUAAGCUCCUGUGGGUGCUUUUCGGAGCCACUGUCAUUGGGUUGCUUUUGCAGAGGUUGGCAGCACGUCUGGGCGUCGUCACAGGGAUGCACCUGGCUGAAGUCUGCAACCGGCAGUAUUCCACCGUCCCACGAAUCAUCCUGUGGCUUAUGGUGGAGUUGGCGAUUAUCGGUUCAGACAUGCAGGAGGUGAUUGGCUGUGCAAUAGCUUUAAAUCUCCUCUCUGUGGGAAGGAUUCCGUUAUGGGCAGGUGUCCUUAUUACCAUCACUGAUACAUUUGUGUUCCUCUUUUUGGACAAGUACGGCCUGAGGAAACUAGAAGCUUUCUUUGGUUUUCUCAUCACCGUAAUGGCGAUAAGUUUUGGUUACGAGUACGUGCUCGUAAAACCGGACCAGGGGGAGGUGCUGAAGGGUAUGUUUGUGCCCUACUGUGCCGGAUGUGGGCCUGUGCAGCUGCAGCAGGCUGUUGGUAUCGUAGGUGCUGUCAUCAUGCCACACAACAUCUACCUGCACUCAGCUCUAGUCAAAUCUCGAGAGGUGGACCGUCGAAAUCUGAAGGAAGUAAAAGAAGCCAACAAGUAUUUCUUCAUUGAGUCGUCCAUCGCGCUCUUCGUCUCCUUCCUCAUCAAUGUGUUCGUUGUAGCCGUCUUUGCUCAGGCCUUCUACAAUAAAACCAACAUGGACGUGAACGUCGAGUGCAAUGCGACCAGCAUUCCUCACAAAGAUCUCUUUCCUCCAAACAACGACACCCUGGAGGUUGAUAUCUAUAAAGGGGGCGUGGUUCUCGGCUGUUUCUUUGGCCCAGCUGCGCUCUACAUCUGGGCCAUUGGGAUCCUUGCAGCAGGGCAGAGCUCCACCAUGACUGGCACCUACUCUGGCCAGUUUGUAAUGGAGGGUUUCUUAAACCUGCGCUGGUCUCGGUUUGCGCGAGUGCUGCUGACCCGCUCCAUUGCCAUCACACCGACGCUGCUGGUGGCCAUUUUUCAGGAUGUGCAGCAUCUGACAGGGAUGAAUGACUUCCUCAAUGUGCUACAGAGCAUGCAGCUUCCAUUUGCUUUGAUCCCAAUCCUGACCUUCACCAGUCUGACGUCUAUCAUGAAUGACUUUGCAAAUGGCUUGGCAUGGAAGGUCUGUGGUGGUGUCCUCAUCUUGUUGGUUUGUGCCAUCAACAUGUACUUUGUGGUGGUUUAUGUGGCUACACUAAACAGCGUGCUGCUCUACGUGCUGUCGGCUCUUUUCUCCGUAGCCUAUCUGUGCUUUGUAGGCUACCUGGUGUGGCAUUGUUUGGUCGCCCUGGGGGUCUCUUGCCUGGACUUUGGCAGCAGGAUGGGAAUGGCGCGGCACAUGGACAUUUACUUACUGACUGACAUGAACGUGGACAAUUUGAUCGAGAGAUAGGCGGUCACGUUGUGAAGGGACAAAACAACUGAAAAGGCUGAUAGGGACCACAAGAGAAUGGCCAGUAUGUUUGCUUCUUCACCUCUCAGUGCCUCCCACUUCUAAGUGACCUUUAAAUGGCCUUUAAGCUGUUGUUUUUAAACCAAAUGCCUCUGCAGCCUCAGCCAGCCUUUUUUUUUUUGUUGAGAGAAUUAAGUUGAUGCAAAAAAAAUUAUAAAGGAACAUUUUCUUUCUGAUAGGCAACAGGGUCCAAUGUUUGUUUUUUUCCAUUUAAACUACAUAAAUACAAGUCAUGAAAAUAAUGUUGAGUAGGGUAUGAUGCUACAAUUAGUAUAUAGUUAAUAAAAAAAAAUUAAAAUAGUUAAUAAAAAUAUAACAGUUUUCUUUUUGGGAUACUUGUUUUGUUAUUUUUAUAUGUGAAAAUACAUUUAAAAAAACAUAAACACAUCUUUAUUUAUACAUGUACGGUCGUCCUUCGCUACAACACGGUUCAAACAUUGCUCCCUCACACUAUCGCAGUUUUUCAAAAAUGAAUUAAUUACUAAAUGACCGCUGUUUCAUGGUUGACUAUGGACAAUUACUAGUCAAAAAAUAUUGGAAGACGGGUUAAAUUAAAUAUUGUGGCCACUAGGCGUCAGUAAUGUUACAUUGAUGAGACAUGACAUUAGAUUAAAUUACCUUCCCACUGCCUGGAGUCAGCCAUGGCAUAUUCGACAUGACGUAGUGAAAAGAGGUUUCCCUCCCAUUCCAUGUGGAAGUGGUAGGUUUUUGGCUUUGUACUUGGUCCUUCUUCCCCACUGGAAACACAAGUUUAGAAUAAGUAAACUGGAGAGGCUAAGUAGUUUGCUUGGUAGCUUGCAAUGUCAGCGGCGGCCUUCUCUUAUGUCCCUGCUAUGAUCCCGUAGUCUGCGCAAUGUGGUAUAAACAAAGAAUACUAGGAGUGUAAAGGUGACUAUAGGGGUGCUAUUUCAUGCCCAGAGGGCUCUAAUAAUGCUAAAAAUUGUAUUUAGAAAGUCGUAAAACAGGUUUUCUAUGCUCUAACUACGAAAAUAUUCCAUUUAUUACUUGGCACAAAUCUGUCACUUAUAGCGGUCGGGUCUGGAACCAAUUACCAGCGAUAAACGAGGGACAACUGUACACAAAAGUUUAUAAAAUGGCUUUUUUGGCACUUUCUCUCACCAGUGUAUGUAAUUCCAUUGGAUACUUGUGUGAAUUUACUGUGGGAAACUCUCUCUGCUGUACAUUUAUUUCAUGUUGAUUUGAACAUCUCAUUUGUACGUUGGUAAUAUAUUUAGUAAUUUAUGCUUAUAGUCCACUUAUUUAUUCUUAUAUGUGUCCAUAUUUUGUAAGUGAUGUGCUGGAAAAUGUGUGUGAUGAAUGCUAAAUGUGAGAAAACAAAGUGUUGCUGGCUGUAAAUCUUGUCACUAAUGUUGCACUAAUAUCACGCAGCCUAUUUUUGCCUUAUGCUGCACCCUGAAUGAACAGGUCUCAGCUUUACAAUCAAAUGUCAUAUCAGUACAUCUUUUUCUGUCAACACGUAAUACCUAAUUAGAUAAACUUACAUCAUGUCUUCCACUCAUAGUGCCUUCUGUCUGUGACAUCUUAUUGAUAAGAGCACAAAACAGAAAAAAGAAUUCUGCAAGUUUCAGUAGUGUUUUUUUUUUAAAUAUAUUUUAAAAUGUGUCCCUGUUUCUUCCAUGUUUGAUAUAAUUGUUUCCUAGGAAAGAUAUUUUAUAUAUUUAUAGACCCACUGGGUGGUGCAUAUUAUUUACGGAUUUAAGAAUAAUUAUCUUAAACAACCACCUAGCACUUAUAUUAGUUAAUGUGACCGCAAGCUGAAUAAUCAUAUGAGCGGCUCAUUUGCAUGACUUCAUAUAUUCCAUGACAAACCGGCUGUACAGACAAACUGACAUUGAGGUGCUGUUUUUCAAAUGUUAUAUAUAUUGAGACUCUACUGUGAUCAUGUUUUUUUAAUGGUCUAUCAUGUGUUUUAGGGUUUUUUGUAAUUUAAUAAACAAGUAAAAACAAUUGUGCCA